AUGGCGCCAUCUUUCAUGACUGUUCAUUUCGAUGACCAGAACCCAAACUCAGAAAAGGGCAAAGAAGCUGGUGCUCGUCGGUCCCUCGCUGGACUCGACUACUCACCUCUACCUCGCAUCACCGGAAGCUUCGGCUACGACACCGGCCAAAUCUCUGGCUUCCUCGAGAUGCCCGACUUUCUCGACCGCUUUGCCCAAACCAACAGCAAUGGCGAAAAGGCAUUCAGCACAGUCCGCUCAGGUCUAAUCGUCGCUCUGCUCUCCAUUGGUACCCUCAUCGGCGCUCUCGUCGCUGCGCCCGUCUCCGAUCGCAUUGGUCGUAAAUAUAGUAUUUCUGGCUGGACCUGGAUCAUCGCCAUUGGUUUUAUCAUUCAGAUCUCGUCAAACCGAGAUUGGGUGCAGAUCAUGAUGGGACGAUGGGUCGCUGGAUUGGGUGUUGGUGCGCUGUCGCUGUUGGUGCCCAUGUUCCAGGCCGAGACUGCUCCUCCAUGGAUUCGAGGUGCCAUGGUUUGUUGUUACCAGCUAUUCAUCACAAUGGGUAUCUUCUUGGCCGCCUGCUUCAACUACGGCACAGUCACCCACCAGCGCAACAACUCAGCAAGUUGGCGCAUCGUCAUCGGCAUCGGCUGGGUCUUUACCCUCAUUCUCGGCAUCGGAAUUCUCUUCCUCCCCGACACGCCUCGAUUCGACUACCGCAAGGGCAAGAUUGACCGCGCACGCGACACCCUGUGCAAAGUCUACGGCGCGACACCCAACCACUGGGCCAUCCAUACCCAGAUGGAAGAAAUCGAAUCCAAGCUUCGCGCAGAAAGCCAGAUCAAGGGCAAUCCCGUAGAAGAAUUUGUCCGGAUGUUCCAGGCGCCGCGCAUGAUGUACCGCAUCUUACUCGGCAUGAGUCUUCAAAUGUUCCAGCAGCUUACGGGUGCCAAUUACUUCUUCUACUACGGUACCACCAUCUUUGCCUCUGUCUCAAUUGACAGCUACAAGACCCAGAUUAUCCUCAACACCAUCAACUUCUUAGUCACGUUUAUCGGUCUGUACAUUGUCGAGCACUAUGGUCGUCGCAAGUCUCUUAUUGCGGGAAGUACUUGGAUGUUUAUUUGUUUCCUCAUUUUCGCCUCGGUUGGCCACUUCUCGCUCGAUCGUGAAAAUCCUUCCAGUACCCAAGGCGCCGGUGUUGCCAUGAUUGUCUUUGCCUGUCUCUUCAUUCUCGGUUUCGCGACGACCUGGGGACCCAUGAUCUGGACCAUCAUGGCUGAGAUCUUCCCUUCGCGCUACCGAGCCAAGGGUAUGGCUCUGGCCACUGCCAGUAACUGGCUCUGGAAUUUCUUGCUAGCGUUCUUCACGCCCUUCAUCACCAAAGACAUUGACUUCCGCUACGGAUACGUCUUUGCUGGAUGUAAUGUUCUCGGUGGACUAAUUGUCUACUUCUUCGUCAUCGAAGGUCAAGGUCGCACGCUUGAGGAGAUUGACACUAUGUAUCUUGAAAGAGUAAGCCCUAUGAAGAGUGCUAAGUGGAUUCCUCCUCCUCCUGAGGAAAUGUCGAGGAUCCGAAAGGAGGCUGGUUUGGAUAUCGAGACCGCUGCUCCAGUUCAUCAUGGUUCGAGUGACGAUGAGACUCUGGCUCGACCUUCAGGUGUGACUGAUGGUGGCCACGGGCAGAGGAAGGAAGAGAAUGCUGGAGCUACUCAUCGCGAGUAG